AUGGCUGUGGAAAAUGACUCCUCUGUGACUGAGUUUAUCCUUAUGGGAUUCACAGAUGAACCUGAACUCCAGCUGCCCCUGUUUUUUCUGUUUCUGGUGAACUAUGUGGUCACUGUGGUGGGCAAUUUGAGCUUAGUUAAUCUAAUAUGUCUGAAUUUGCACCUUCACACCCCCAUGUACUUUUUCCUCUUCAAUCUGUCCUUUAUCGAUCUCUGUUAUUCAUCUGUAUUUACCCCCAAAAUGCUAAUGAGUUUUAUUUCAGAGAGGAACUUCAUUUCCUUUACAGGAUGUAUGACUCAGCUUUUUUUCUUGUGCUUUUUUGUCAACUCUGAGUGCUAUGUAUUGACAGCCAUGGCCUAUGAUCGCUAUGUGGCCAUCUGUAAACCCCUGCUGUACACGGUCACCAUGUCUCCCCAGAUCUGUUCUGUGUUGAUGUCUGGUUCAUACGUGAUGGGUUUUGCUGGUGCCAUGGUCCACACAGGGUGUAUGAUCAGGCUGAUCUUUUGUGAUUCCAACAUCAUCAACCAUUACAUGUGUGACAUCUUCCCCCUCCUCCAUCUCUCCUGCAGUAGCACCUAUGCCAGUGAGUUUGUGGUUUCUGUUAUUGUGGGCACAGUUGUCAUAGCAUCUAGCCUCAUUAUCUUUAUUUCUUAUGCUUUGAUUAUUUUCAACAUCCUUCACAUCUCAUCAACUAAAGGUUUGUCCAAAGCCUUCAGCACCUGUGGUUCCCACAUAAUGACAGUUGGUCUAUUCUACGGAUUUGGGCUGCUCACUCAUGUCAAGACAUCAUCUGCUGGGUUUGUGGGCCAAGGGAAAUUCUUCUCAGUGUUUUGCACCAAUGUGGUGCCCAUGUUGAAGCCUCUCAUUUAUAGCCUCAGGAACGAGGAUGUCAAACUUGCUCUGAAGCAAAUCCUGAAGAGAAUUACAAACUGA